AUGACGGCCAAAGAAGGAAACACAGAGGUAACGGUCGGCGUGCUCGCCCUCCAAGGCGCUUUCAGCGAGCACAUUCAACUCCUUCGUGCGGCAUCCUCGAACAUCCCCUCGUCACCAACCUUCCACUUAAUCGAAGUCCGGACACCAGCCCAACUCGCACAAUGCGACGGCCUCAUCAUCCCUGGUGGCGAAAGUACAACCAUGUCCCUCGUAGCCGCACGUAGCGCCCUUCUCGAGCCCCUCCGCGAUUUUGUCAAGGUCCAACGCAAACCAACGUGGGGUACGUGCGCCGGCCUCAUCUUACUAGCAGAGAGUGCGAAUAGAACAAAGAAAGGAGGGCAAGACUUGAUCGGAGGCCUAGACGUGAGAGUGAACAGAAAUCAUUUCGGGCGACAACAAGAGAGUUUCCAGGCGAACCUACAUCUGCCAUUCUUAGAAUCGACCAGCAAGACAAGCGCGACCGAUCCCUACCGAUGCGUCUUCAUCCGCGCGCCAGUUGUAGAGAAGAUACUUCCGAGUAAGAAGGCGGUAGGCAUACAAGAAGGAGAGAGUGAGAGGGACGAUACAAUUGUUGCGCCGAGCAAGACACCAGCGGAUGAUUUGGCGAGGAAGGAGUUGGAUCGCGAGGUUGAGAUCAUGGCAACGCUGUCGACCAACGCCCAGCCGUUGCAGGAGAACCAGGAACACAACCACCCAGGCGCGGAGGACAUAAUAGCGGUACGGCAGGGCAACGUGUUUGGGUGUAGCUUCCACCCAGAACUGACCGACGACCCGCGGAUACAUGUUUGGUGGUUGGGAGAGGUCAUGAAAGCUGCGGAGAGGCGAAAGCAGUUUGAACUUGCGGAUCGAACAAGAUGA